GUCGCCAGAGGGGGCAGUAACGAGAUAUAAUUUCAUUCUUACAAGAAAGUCACUUCCUGUUUUGGGUCUGAAAGCGGAAGAGGAGGCGAUUGUUGUGGGUUUGGUGCGUUGACACAAUGGCGGAAGAGGAGGAUGAGACUGGUUUCGACGAGGAGAUAGACGACGGCGCCGUCGGGGUCGAUGUGUGUCACGGAAAAAGAAAGCGACUCUUCUCCAAGGAGCUGCGCUGCAUGAUGUACGGCUUCGGGGACGACCAGAACCCCUACACGGAGUCUGUCGAUAUUCUGGAAGAUUUGGUCAUCGAGUUCAUCACGGAGAUGACCCACAAAGCCAUGUCCAUUGGACGCCAGGGUCGCGUCCAGGUGGAGGACAUCGUAUUCCUGAUCCGCAAAGACCCUCGAAAGUUCGCCAGAGUCAAAGACUUGUUGACCAUGAACGAGGAGCUGAAGAGAGCGAGGAAAGCUUUCGACGAAGCGAAUUACGGUUCAUAAACAUCUACAGACAUCUUCAGUUUUAAAAUGGCAUUUCUUUUUUCCUCUUCUUUUUUGGUGAGGAUUAUGUUUUUGUCCCAAUGUUCGCCAUCCUCAUGAACGAUGGCGACUAAUAAAGAUGUUUCCGAUGUUUAA